AUGAGGCUGAACAACACUGCCUCCCCAUUCGUGCUUACUGGCUUUCCUGGCAUGGAAAAGGCACAUCACUGGAUCUCUAUCCCAUUGGUGGUGGCCUACAUUUCCAUACUCCUUGGCAAUGGCACCCUUCUCUACCUCAUUAGGGAUGACCACACUCUCCAUGAACCCAUGUACUAUUUCUUAGCUAUGUUGGCAGCUACAGAUCUUGGAGUGACUCUGAUUACAAUGCCAACAGUGCUGGGUGUUCUGUGGUUAAAUUACAGGGAGAUUGGCCAUGGGGCCUGCUUCUCUCAGGCCUACUUUAUCCAUACACUCUCUAUUGUGGAGUCAGGUGUCUUACUGGCAAUGGCUUAUGAUCGUUUCAUUGCUAUCCGCAGCCCUUUAAGAUACAUGUCCAUCCUCACCGAUGCUCAGGUAGUGAAGAUUGGAGUGGGAGUAUUAACAAGAGCUGGCCUAUCAAUUAUGCCAAUCAUCAUUCGCCUGCACUGGUUUCCCUAUUGUCGAUCCCAUGUACUCUCCCAUGCUUUCUGUCUACAUCAAGAUGUCAUCAAGCUAGCUUGUGCUGACAUCACCUUUAAUCGUCUCUAUCCAGUUGUGGUUGUAUUUGCAAUGGUUUUAUUGGAUUUCCUCAUCAUCUUUUUCUCCUAUAUUUUGAUUCUCAAGACUGUCAUGGGCAUUGCUGCUAGAGAAGAAAGAGCCAAAGCCCUCAACACAUGUGUUUCCCAUAUCUGUUGCAUCUUGGUCUUCUACAUCACUGUGGUUGGUCUGACAUUUAUUCAUAGGUUUGGAAAGCAUGCUCCUCAUGUGGUCCACAUUACAAUGAGCUACAUCUACUUUCUUUUCCCCCCUUUUAUGAACCCUAUCAUCUAUAGCAUUAAAACCAAGCAAAUCCAGAGUGGCAUACUUCGCUUAUUUUCUCUGCCUUUUUCUAAAGCAUGA